AUGAAAAAAGGUAAAUAAAAGGAAAUUAAGCAGAAAGACGAUUUGGAAUAAGUAGAAAAACCAAUUGCAAAAAAAAUAAAAAAGAAUGAAGCAAAUCCAGCUGAAGAAUAUUAAAUGGUUGAAAAAAUGCUAACAUCAGAUUUCUAUAAAAUUGAUGUAGUUGAAUUAGCAUAGAAGUUGAUUGGUAAAAUAAUAGUAAGAUAAUUACCAUAAGGAGAAGUCAGAGCAAUAAUUGUAGAAACAGAAGCUUAUAAAGGUAUAUUAUAUGAUUAUUGAUUAAUUAUUAGCUCCUGAAGAUAAGGCAUGUCAUGCUUAUAACAAUAAAAAAACAGACAGAACAAAAUAUUUUUGGUAAGAUGGUGGACAUUUAUAUGUUUAUUCAAUAUAUGGAAAUAAUUAUUGUUUAAAUAUUACAUCAGCAACAAAGGAUGAUCCAGAAGCUGUAUUGAUUAGAGCAAUUUAACCAUUAAGUUUUGAUAUCAUAAAAGAGAUUAGGAAAACAAAAUCUACAAAAUUAUAGGAUCUUUCAAAUGGUCCUGGAAAAUGUGGUGGUUGUUUACUUCUUGAUAAAUCUCAUAAUGGAUUAAAUUUAUGUGAUGAGAAAAGUGGAAUGUAUUUGAUUGAUAAUGAUAAAUAAUAUGAGAUUGGUGUUUCAUCUAGAAUCAAUAUUGAUUAUGCAGAAGAAUGGAAAGAUAAACCAUGGAGAUUUUAUAUUAAAAACAAUAGUUUUGUAUCCAAAGGUUGA